AAACCGAAACUUGAUCAAAUACAUUGUUUUUCUCGUUCAUAACUCUCUAUUUGUCAAUGCACAAGUGAGAUGUGAUUCUCUGGUGCUUUGGUACUAUGUCCAACCUGCACAUAUGGACGUGGUGGACAGUUUAUCAACAGCGUCGGGGGCUGACACAGUUCCCUCCCUUGAUUUUGACCUGAUCACGACGGUGGAGUCAGAAAACCUAUGGUGUGAGCAGUGUAAAGUAUUUAAGAAGAACUACGAAAAACUUCAAGAGGAGCAUGCUUUGAGCUACAACACUUUAAAGAAGAAGAUUAUUUCCACAGAUUUGCUGAUCAAGAAAUACAAGUCUAAAUGUGAAGAUCAUGACCAGCAAACCAGAAAACUUGAAGACUCUGUCAAGAAGCAGGAACAACUCCAGAGGGAGGCGGAGACGUUGCAGUCCCAGCUGUCAGCAGCCCUACGUCAGAUAGAGCCACUAAAACAGGAAAAAUUGGUCCAUGACCAGGAGAAGAGGAGACAGCUCCAGGAAAUCCAAACUUUACGAGACCAGAUAGUGGCAGGAGAGAGUUUUAAAACUCAGUACGAACAGUUGAAUCGUUCGCUGCUCGAAGGGAAGGAGAAACACGAUCAGGAAAUAAAGGAUGCCAACAAGAGAAUCCGUGAACUGGAACAGAGUCAACAGAAACAGGAAAUACAACUUACAAAGUUAAAAGAGGAAAACAAAGUGUUAAAGAAAGAAAACAGCAGAUUCCAGAAGAGAGAAAAGAAGACAGAGGAAAGUCUGACUAAGGCUCAGGAGAAUGUGGAGAGAUUCGGGGAGAUACUGUUUCAGAAUGGUCUCUUACCAAAGAAAGACAGACUUCAGUGGAACAAGAGAAGGGUGUUGCUUAAUGGAAAGGGGGCGGGGCCAGCUACCGUUACCGAGGGGUCCUCAUCACUGGAGGAGGAUGACCUGGUGGAUCCCGGGUUUGUCUCUGACCAGGAAACGGACCUACCCCAGACCAAGGCCCGCUGUCAGCACACCCUGACAGUCAGAAAGAUCGGGAUAACCCACACAGAGGGGGAGAGGAAGGCCCCGAUGGAACCCCCCGAGGAGGAGGGAAGCUUGAUGGAGUUCCCCUUCGCCUUCAGUCCCUUGGUGUCCGUCCUCUCCCCUCUACCCCCAUCCCCACAGUCCUACAGAAAGGAGGUGGAAGACAAUGAAGACAGCGAUGAAGAUUUGGAAGAGAUGGCUGAACAGCUGGAGCAGGUCUUCACAAACAGUCCAAGACGAUCUCCAAGGAAACGGGUACCCCCAUCUCCCCUCUCGAGAGACCCAAACACCACCCUGAAGACAGACAGAGGAGGUAUCUCCAAGGAAGCUGGUCAGGAAAUGAUGAAAGAUGGAAAACAGGUCACAGUGCACAAUCGGAGAGAAGAUGGAAGUCUGAAAGGAAGUCAAGAUGGAAUUCUGGGUGGAAAAAGUGGCGGGCCUGUCGGGCUGAAGGGAAUCAAGAGGAUAACAUUUACCUGUGAGGAGAUGGAUACACAGGGAGAGGUGGUCAACUCUGAGGUGGCCCUGGUCAAUCCCAAGCCCAUUCUCAGCGGGCAUCACAACUCGGCCUUCCAGAAGUUCUCAAAGAGUAACACUCCUAAACAGGAGAGAAAAACAGAGGAGAAAUUGGUGCUUCAACCAUCCAGUGAAGCAGAUAUCAAUGAAUGUUCUAGAAUAAAAAGUGAGGAUGGGAAGGAAAGAGUGGGUAACCACACCAACAUGCACCACAAGAGAAUCAGGUGCCUUAGACAGCAUGCCUUCAGACCAGUCUCUGUGUCCCAGGAAGAUUCCAAUGCAUCAGAUUCAGUGGAGUCCACAGGGUUCACUAUAAAACUGACUGAAUCACAAAGUGAUAGCAAAGAGAAAAAAGGCAAUAAUGUACAAAACCAUCAGAAUGGAGAGGAAACCUUCAGGAUUGAACAGCAUUCUCAAGAUAAGGAUAUGGAUAUUGAUUCUGUGUUGUCCAUUAGAACUUUGAGAAAGUCCCUCAGCUUGCCAGAAGGCAAAACUUGUUUUGAGAAUGUGGGGGCUAGUUCCCCUGGAAAUCGGAAAAAAAGAAUAUCUUCAGUACCUCACAAAGGUUCGAACAAAGAUUCAAGAAAAUUUGUGUCAGAAUUAAAAAUAGUGCCAGAAAAUCCUAGAUUGACUCUUACAAAUAAGACAGAUGAUAGAAAUGGACAGAUAAUAAUUGAAAAUAAUGAAUUAAGUGAAGAGACUUGUAGCAAGGAAACUAUACAAUGUGAUGAAACUUCAUCAAGCAGACUAGCCAGAACGCAGACUUUACCUCUGUCUACAAGUGACGUAGACACUUUAUGUCAAAGGUCAAGGUCAAGAAUGAAAAUCCCCAGUGGAAGGAAAAGGGACGAAGGAGUUUCUGUAACUGCGGAAACAUUGACAAAUACAAAAGAAAUCAAGAAGGAAAAUAUUGGAAACAAGUGUGGACAUAGUGUUGUGAAAGAUGCUGAAAAAGUAGAAGAUUCGGAGAGUUCCAAACAGUUGGUGACCACAUUAAGACAAGACAGCCUUGGGUUUGCCCUGAGGUCUCCACCUGUUCUCAAGUCCCCUCCUAUUGUAUUGCCCUCUCAUAAGGGGUUAGGAAUAGGUGCAUCAGCAUCCAAAGCUCAACAAAAUGGGCCACUGUUUGGCAAAGAGAAAAAUACAUCAACUAAAGCGGAUGGAGAGCUUAUCUCUGAGGAUUCUAGCAUGUCAUCGUGUGCUGUUAAAGGAUCAAUGGAGAAAAAUUCUGCAGAGAUUCUAGAAGAAAAGGAUGGAAAAAAUCGAGAUUAUUCUAACUCUGCAACAAAAUUCAAAUCAACUGUUGAAAUUAGUGAUAAUAGUAACAAAAAUGACAUGUGUAAAGUGCAUGUGAUUUCAGACAGAAAUAUAAGUGUAGACUUGCUAAAUAAGGUAUGUAGUAAACCCAGUGAAAAUGAGUCGAGCAAAGAAAAGAAUGAGGGGGUCAUUGAAGAACCAGAAUUACCUCGUCAGGAGAGCAUGGGGUUUGUCCUGAGUGGAGAUUCAAUGGUAGAGGCGGAGAUGGUACCAUCAGACAGUGAUAAAGUGGAGCAAGAUCUGUUUAUAAACAUCAAGGAUUCAUCAGGGAUAAUCUCUCAGGAAGAGAAAGAACAAUUAAGCAGUGCAUGUGACCAGGAAAGGAUUUUGCAAACAGAUAGUGGGACAAAAGUUUCAGUGCAGCAGGUGUCUGAGAUAGUGGUCUUGAAGACAAUGGAAGAUGAGCAAAGUGUGAAUGUAAAGUCAGAUCUUCAGCUCAUUUCUCAAGAUGCUUCAAAAAUGAAAAGGCUGAAAUAUCCUGGAUCGGAUAGAGACAUUCAUGGAGAAGAUGCCAGGAAAUCAGUAGAUCAGAAUGAGGGAUCUGCUGGAGAGACAUUGAGUGAAGGGAAUUCUGGGACAGUCUGUGAUGUGAAUGGUGGUAAGUUUAAUAGAGCUAGUGAACAAGUCAUUGGGAGGAGAGUGUUACAAACCUCAAAAUCCAGUGGAGAAUCUGUGAACACUUUAAAUCAACCUUCAGUGUGCCUAAGAGGCAGUGUCUCUACUAACUUGUCCCAAUCAACUUCUGCUAAUUUGAGUGGUGAUAGUGACUCCCUUGCUCAAAUGAAGCAACAGAAGGACGUUGGAAAUUCAAAAACUGCAAUUAAUGCCCCAAGUUCUAUCCAAGCAUCUACUGGUGCUUCCAGAAGGCCUCCCACCUCGUUUCCCCCAGAAGGCAGCAGAAGUAGUUCCAUCCCAGUGUAUAUACCUAGUCUUUCAAAGUUUGUUCAGAAGUCCAGGUUUUCGGCUGUGGUGGCAUCCAGCACUGUGGUGUCACCAGAGAUGGAGGAUCUUCCCUCUCAUCAUCCACACACACACAGUUCCCCUACUCCCCGGUCACCCUCUUCCCUCUCAGCAGGGGGACCAGUAUCACCCCUUCCACCCUCUCCAUAUCAUUUUUUCCUACCAAAUCCUAUCUCCCCUCUUCCACCUUCCCCAGUAGGAGAGGUUGUCCCAAUAUCACCUUUAUGUACAUCGCCUUUUGAUUUAGAAGAAUCAUCCAUUAACAUUCACAUAGCAUCAUCUGAAUCGCAGAGAUUAAGCCAUCAGAGUGUUAGUACUAAAACAUCCAUUGCCUCAUCAGUGAAACAGACUUCCAUUGUUCAUCAUCGUACAGCCGCAGUUCAAAUCGCCAAAGAAACCAGGCCAAGCCAAUCAUGUCCUUCAGGGAAAAAAAUUGUCCAAUCAGAUGCUAGUCCUCGAACAUUUCACGCAGUGGCACCACCAGAUGCAAUACCAGUCAAAGCCCAGACAGCUGUGAAAGGAAAAUCAGGGUCACAAUCCACUGCAACAAAAAAGCGGAGAAGCUUGGACCAAAAUGUCCCCAUGCCGGAGGUUGCGGAAAAGAAACAGUGUUUUGAGAAAAAUGCACCAGCAAAGAAGGAUGCGACCAGCCUAGUAGAGAAAGUGGAUCUUUAUAAAGUGAUUGAAGCAGAAAUGAAGCACUUUAUUAAUGGAGCAGAGAUUACUUGUCAGGAGAUGGUUGAUAAACUGGUUCUCCUGGCGGACCAGUCUGUGGUGCCUAGUCAUUUAUUGCAGUGGACAAUCCAGUAUCUGCGAUGUCAGGAAGUUGAGAUGUUUGGGACAAUCCAUUGUUACUGUGCGUAUAGUAGCGACUGUCAGUCCAGGACUGAUCCAUUCCUCACACCAGGGGAGGCCAGGCUUCUUCAGUUCUACAGCUGUCUCUUCCAAAAUCAAAUAUGGGCUCCCCAGAGACAACAACUGAUAAACAUGCUGUGGAGCGCCAUAUUCUCCCAGGACUCUCUGACGCUGACCAGUAAACUGGCACUCUGUCGAUUCUAUGUGGGGCUUCUUUUGGAUGCUGGUGAUAUGGAACAAGCGAGAGUGUUUUUUUACCACGUCAUGACCUGCAGAUUUCUCAAUGCACCGAUGGUUGCCGUGGCAAUAGUGGGAGUAUGGCCACAAUGUCUCUAUAGGAAUUCUUCAGCAACAAGUCCAGUUCUGGUUGUCAUGGAGGCCUGCAUCAUGAGGGAAUUGCAAGAACUGCAGGAGAAAGGUGCAAAGAUUGCUGUCUGUCUGAAGAAGCUUGUGAACUGGGACUUCUGUGUCCAUCAGAACAAUGUUCUCUUACAGCACCUGGUGAAGGAAAUAGAAAACAAAUGUGCUGAUUUCCAUAGCAACCAAGUCCAGAUCUAUGAGUUACGGCGGGCAGCAGAGCUUCUCCUGGUCAUGCAGAAGGUCGGCUUCUUUAAGACAGUCUUUAUCGGCGUAGCAGUUGGGGCCCUGAACAGCAAGCUCAGGUCAAAGAGGGUCAAGGUCGCAGAACAUUAUAUUGGAGUCAUAAUACAAAUCACAGCUAGUGUUUUAAUGCAGCUAACAUCAAUGAACGAGAAGAACAAGUCUCAGAUCAUCAGGAAAUACAUCACUAAAAUACUCAUGUCUGACCUCGCUAGUCCAGAUCUACAGCUGAGUAUUGCACAGACCCUGCUGGAGUUGUCUUUCCUUUCUCCUGUUACUGUGAUAUCAGGAUCACUCUACCCAUGGUUCCUUGCCAAUAAGAACGUUAUCCCACCGAACUUUGUGUCAAACCUGGAACAGACUCGACAGAUUUUGAUAGGACAGUUUCCUUACCUGAAGUGUCCAGAAUUUGUGGUAGAGAAACUGGGAAACAUGAAUCUUUGAAAGCUAGAAAUUUUGUGAUUAAAAGACUCAGAGAUACACAAGAAGUGGGGGGCUUUGAUUGCUGAGUUAUACAUGUACUUUUUAUGAGAUUUGAUAUCUGUCAUCAUUCUAAGCAGGUAGCAUUAGUUUCUGUCAACAAUUGUACAUCUCAGUUUUGUAAUACAGUAAUUUCAUUGGAGUGGUUAUUAUUUGAACAUGCAUACCACGGUAAUUUCUGUUAAUUUGAUUG